AAACUUCUUGCACCAAUCGGGAGUUUCGUUCGCUCCAACCGCAGUACGGAUUUUUCUGCAACACCAGGACUACGCCACACAUUUCAUAUUUCUACAAACUCCAUUAUAAGACAUCAACAGUGUGGAUUUUCAUCCCGGUGCUCAGGCAGGUCCUGCUGGUGCCCUGCUUCAGAGCGAGCGGUCAAAUCAGGAGUGUUUGGAGGCCAUGGCUGAACAUGGAGCCCACGCUCAGCUUCCAGAACCAGCUGAAAUGCUGCCUCAAACCUGGAGGGCAGCGCUUAAGGCAGAGCAGCAGGAGUGGAUCAGCCAGACGCUGUUCAUCAGGGACCACCUGGGGAGGCCUCGCCUCACUACAGACCUCAACCUGUGGUGGUUCCCUCCACAGCCCCAACCGGUCUACCACCAGCCUCCCGCAUCCCCUGAGCCCUUCUUUGCAUGUCGGCUGUUCCUGUGGAUGCCCCACAGGAUCUGGCGUCUGCAGCUGACGUGCCCCCAGCCUUCGUGCACCGGGUCCAUGGCGAAGGCUGGGCUCUACAGGACCAUCCGGAGGGUCCUGGACAUUGACGGCUGGUACCUCAUGGCCACCGAGUACCUGGAGUGCCGUCAAUGUAAAAAGAAGGUCGCGGGAUGGUCACAGGGCAUCAUCAGGCAGCUGUCCCCCACCUACAGCUGCCAGUUUCCUGCUGUGCUCACUUACAAGCUGUCUUGUGACUUGAGGGUGGUUGGACAGCUGAGCUCUGGUCCUCUGGGCAACAGUGCGAAGCAGCUCUACAACAACCUGAGGGAGCUGCACUCAGAUUCCUGGAUGCGUAGAUCCUCACACUACCUCGGUGUGUGCGAGCAGUUCUUUUGCUCUGUCUCGGGGGCGUUUGCACCACCACCGCCCAUGCCACCUGUACCGUCUCCAGCCUGCCUUCUGACGGUCUACGGCUACGACAUGGUUAUGCGACUGGAAGAGUACAAGGCGCUGAUCACUUCCACCUUUGGAACCAUUUUGAAGAUAUAUUCCAGCAAAGAGGUGUCAAAGAAGCUCGCCAGUGCCACCUCCAAUGCAGACACCUGGAUCACCAGCGUAGGUAACGAGCAUGGCCAGGUCCUCAUGAGCGUCCUCACCUGCUCUGAGGGGUCCGAGGGCCUGAGCACCAUGGCAGCUGGAUUGAUGAGGCGGUACCGACUCGCUGACAAACCUCCACCACUUGUGGUCUACGUCGACCGGGACUGCUGCAGCAGAGACGGCGUGUCAAAGACAGCUGCCUUGUUUCAUGAAUGGGGGAACCUCGUGGUCCGUCUGGACAUCUGGCACUACAUGCGAUGUAUCGCAGGUGGUGUCACGACAGAGAGCCAUGAGCUAUACCCCACCUUCAUGAGGCAGCUGUCUCGCUGCAUCUUCGAUGUGGACCCUGAAGAUGCCCGCCGUCUCAAAGAGGCCAAGCGAUCGGAGCUGGGGAGGGAGCACGGGAUGUUCAACCUGAGCGACGCAGAGGUCAUCCAGAGGAUCUCCAAGGAGGAGUGGAGGCUGCACUGUCGCCACAGGACGCGUGGGGCAGAGCAAACAGCCCUCCUCAUCCAGAACCUCCUGGACACCUUCCGCGGUCCUGCAGGGAGAAACACCCUGAACAUCCCGCUGCUGGACGAUCUCCGCAUCCAGGACAUCUGGAAGACGCAGAUGCGCCACCUCAGCUGCAUCCAGGACCCGCCCGGCGUGCAGCUUUACACCCAGACUAGGACAACAACUAAGGGCGGAGUCAGCCUCCCCGUGUAUCGCUGCACCAGGGGUUCCAGCUCCCUUCAGUUCUUCCACCUCCACCUGAACCGCUUCAUCCCAGGGACAUCUGUCAGAGCCAGAUACUCUCAGGCGUUUCUAGUGGAUGGAGUGGUGAGGUGGAACGAAGCCCAUGCAGCUAGAGGAAAGAAGUCUCUGCGUUCCUACAGCAGCCACCUCAGACACGCCCUCAACCAGAAGAGUCACAGGCUGCUUGGAUACCCGCUGGUUGAGGAUGACACCCAGCCUGCGUCAUAUACAGGAGAGCUCAUCGGGCUGGAGUACCUGGUUCAGCAGACAGGAGCUGUGUUGGAGGACGUCAGCCUGGAUCCUGACACUCCAGAUGAAGAACCUGCCUUUUUCACCAUGGAUGAUGUGGAUGAGGGGACAGAGGAGGAUGAUGAGGACCCCACCUUCUUCCCACCAGAUCCUUCUUUAUUAUUGGCAGCAUCUCAAACAGGAUCUGAUGAACCUAGGUCUCGGUCUCCCCUCGACUCUGCCAAAGGAUCUGGAAGCCAGGCUCCUCCUCGAGAGCCACCGUCAGACAUUGAGGAAGAGGUCAUAGGUCCCGAUGGUCAGCCAGGAUACCAGCACGUCCUGAACCUGGCUAAGGCCCUGGUGGAGGCCAGAAGCCUGAACGGGCUCAGUGAUUCCAAGGUGGACAUGCUAAUCUCACUCUGGCAGCGUCUUCCAGACGCAGACAAGCAGAGGCAGGUGGAAGGAAAGACCACCACCUGGCCAAGCAGAGAGCCUCCAGCAGUCAGCUGUUCAAUGAAAGUGAACAGGACCCAGCCAAACAGGCCUGAAUCCAGCCGCCUGGUGGAGGCCAUCUGCAGCCAGCUUUGUCGUGUGCAUCCCUCAGCCACGCGGGUCAAGGGGAUCUUAAGGACCCGCUGGUCCCUCAUCCUUGCAGACUAUGUGUCGAUAAGGGAGAUGGUGCUGGGGAGCCCAAGGCUGAUGGCAGAAACCACCAUCCAGCUGUUCCCAUUGAAUCAGAGGAAUAUUUCCAAGUGGUUCAUUGGUCGGCAGAAGAGGUGGGCCAGGCCUGUUCUGAAGCCAAGACCAGCAGUGGUCUCUCCCCCAGCUGCUAUCCAACAGGCCCAGCUCCCUGAAGAGGAGGUGCUCUUAGUGCUGGUGGGGCAUGGACAGCCCUAUAUUAGCGACGUCUCUGAUGUGGAGCCAGGCCCGUCCAGCAGGGGUCUCCCUACUCUUCAACCAAUACCACACCAGGUGCAGCUGCCUGCUACCUUACACCUGAGCGACAAUAUUCAGCCGCUGCCUGGUCUUCCAGUCGUUCCCAGAUCAACAGCCUACAGGAAGAGGAAGGCAGCACCAGGUGGUCACUUACCAAUGAGGAAUAAGCAAUAUAUUUGCAAGAAGUGUGGGCAGCCUAAAAGACUGGACACUGGACACUCGAGGAUCAGGGGGGUGUCCUACUGUGCUGCCUUUGAGGGUCAGGCUGUGGAGGAGUGGAUGAAGAAAAUGAAUGACAAAGGAGGGAUGUAAGAACUGCUCUGUAAUUUUUGGAUAAUUUGAUCAGUAAAAACGUGUUUUUAAAGUCAUUGAUUGGAACUGAAAGCAUUUGAAUGGAACAUCUGAUGAAUAAAAGUUUCCUUUU